AUGUUCAGCCAGCUUCCUCAGCGCCGCUACGAACAUAGUGACAGAUUCCCCCUCUUCCUGAUUUCUCCUGUGAAAUCGGAAUCUCUCUGCUAUCACAAGGGGCUUGGCUUCCACGAAAUAGCCGAACCGCUCUGUGUACAAGCGCCACUGUUCCACAAGCACAUCAAAAGGACCAACAGAGCCGAUAACUCCCGCCAUAGCGCCUGGUUAUACAGCACCUUCACGCUCCUUUUGAAAACUCCGCUCGUCCCACUUCCAUUGAUUGAUGAUUUGUUUGCAGGUCUGAGUGGUGGUCAAAAAUUCAGCAAAAUUGACCUCAACCAAGCUUAUCUGCAGAUGCAUGUGGACGAAGAAUCACGGGAGUGGCUGACAAUUAACACGCACAAGGGACUUUUCAGAUAUUGCAGAUUACCUUUUGGCAUCACAUCUGCUCCUGCUCUGUUUCAACGGGCUAUGGAUCAAAUUUUGAGUGGAUUGCCAGGAGUACAAUGUUACUUGGAUGACAUUCUCUGCACCGGUGCCAACGACGAGGAGCAUCUUCGCAACGUGGAUGCUGUCUUAAAAAGGCUAAGGCAGUAUGGUCUUCGAGUACGCAAGGAAAAAUGUGAAUUUUUGAGACCAUCGGUGGAGUAUCUCGGGCAUGUGAUAGACCACGAAGGACUACAGAAGGCUCCAUCAAAGACAAAGGCAAUUGUGGAUGCACCCGCCCCAGAAAAUGUGAGUCAGCUUAGAUCUUUUUUAGGUCUAUUGAACUAUUAUGGACGGUUUAUUCCCAAUUUGGCAUCACUUCUUAAACCAUUGCAUGAGCUGUUGUGCAAAGAUGUAAAAUGGAAAUGGACGAAUGAGUGUAACAAAGCUUUUCGAAAUGCGAAAAACGCCCUGAUUUCAUCAGAGGUUCUCACUCAUUUCAACCCUUCAUAUCCAAUACAGCUGGCAUGUGAUGCUUCACCCUAUGGGGUGGGUGCUGUCAUCUCCCAUGUGUUCCCGAACGAAGAUGAAAGACCAAUUGCUUUUGCGUCGAGAACACUUAACAAAGCAGAGUCAAACUAUGCUCAAUUGGAACGAGAAGCAUUGAGCAUUAUCUUUGGUGUGAGGAAGUUCCACCAAUAUUUGUAUGGAAGGAAGUUUACUCUGUUAACGGAUCACAGACCACUGGCAACGAUUUUGGGACCUCAUGCAGGAAUCCCUUCGCUGGCUGCUGCACGUCUUCAGAGGAGGUGGGAACUUUCUGUUCAAUCGGGUUGUUUGCUGUGGGGGAGGAGAGUGAUUGUGCCACAGUCAUUGCGUGCUAAAAUGCUUGCGCAACUGCAUGCAGGUCACAGUGGUAUUGUUCAAAUGAAAGAAAUGGCGAGAAGUUAUUUUUGGUGGCCAGGAUUAGAUAAACAGAUCGAAGAGACGGUAAAAAGUUGUUCAUCUUGCCAGAAGAUUCGCAACAAUCCACCUGCAGCCCCACUUCAUCCUUGGGAUUUUCCUCAGGACCCUUGGCACCGCAUUCAUAUUGACUUUACGGGGCCUUUUGAAAAUCGAAUGUUUCUGGUUGCUAUCGAUGCCCAUAGUAAGUGGCCAGAGGUAGCUAUCAUGAAAUCAACCACAUCGGAAAAGGCAAUUGAGAAGUUAGGGGAGAUGUUUAGUCGUUUCGGAGCCCCUGCACAACUCGUCUCAGACAAUGGCCCCCAAUUUGUGUCAAAAGAAAUGGUUGAAUUCCUGCAAGCCAAUGGGGUUCAACACAUUAAGUCGGCUCCCUAUCACCUGGCAACCAACGGCCUGGCAGAGAGGUUUGUGCAGACCCUCAAACAUGCUCUCAAAGCAUCACAAGGGCAAAGUACACUCCAUCAGAGACUACACGAAUUUCUCCUCAAAUACCGAACAUCUGUGCAUGCAACUACCAAAGUAUCGCCAGCGAGCCUCAUGUUUUCUCGAGAGAUACGAACUGGCAUGGAUCUUCUGAAACCACCAACCCUGAGUGAGAUUGUUCAAAUGGAUCAACAGAAGCAAGUCAAGUACAGAGACCUGCAUUCCAAGAACCGAGUUUUUGCACCUGGUGACUCUGUUAUGGCCCGGAGUUACCAGAGUAAGGAAAAGUGGGCCCCUGCCACCAUCAUUGCUCAAACCGGGCCUGUUUCCUACACCGUUCAGACAGCUGAUGGUGUUUGGCGUCGCCAUGUGGAUCAAUUGUUGGGAACAUCAGACACUACUCCAGAACUGUCUAUUGAUUGUGAUGAUGCUAGCAGUGUAAUACCAGAAAUGUCUUGCUUACCGGAUGUGUCAAACCCAAACAAUCCUGCUGUAAUUGUGUCUAAUUCAACCAAUGCACAAACGGAACCUGAAACGGUAUCGGAACCUGUUUCCACAAGUGGAAAAUCGGAAGUGACUGUUGAACGUCGUUAUCCUGCACGCGACAGGCGACCGCCUGAUAGAUUGGAUUUAUAA